AACUAUCUUGUGCAAGCUCGCGAUCAGCAGCAUACACGCUUCCGUUCUGGCAACCCCACAGUCCUAUUGAUUCUAGCGAACAUGCCGGACCUCACGCUAACUGCGGCUCCGGGUGAUUACCGAGCCGUCCUCCCCUCCCUCACAGCGUCUAUCGCGGGAAUCACUCUCCCGAUCGCCUCCCCUCCCCCUUCCGCCGCCGCUUCGGGCCGUCAAGCCGCGGGUCCGCGCGACGAUCCCAUUUUCGGCGCUGCGCCGUGUUUGGCGGGGCCCGACGGUCUUCGCCUGUACGAUACUGUAGCAGCCGCCCGAUUCAUCGCCGCGGGAAGCGGAGCAGCAGGGGUGACGCUGCUUCCCGCCGAUAGCUCUGUGGAAGCCAUCCGUGUGGAGGAGUGGCUGUAUUGGGAGGUGACUGUACUGCAGCCUCAGGUGCUGGCAGCAGCAGCAGGCCACAUCCAAGGUCCCACAAAAGACGUCUCCGACCGCCUUGAGCAGGCGUUUGCCGCCCACCCCAAGCACAUUCUGGGCGGCACUGAUCUGUCUCUUGUGGAUCUUGCUGUUUGGAGCGAUCUGCUGCUGCUGUUUGGCCCGGGCGGCAAGCUUUCGUCGGACUCCGAGUCGCCGCUGGCCAAGUGGUUCAGGACAUGGGAGAGCGACUCUCGUUUCACGGCUGCUGUAACUGCAGCGCUCGGCUCUGCUUCCCCGGAGGCGUUCGUUCAGUCAGCUGCUGCCCAGUUCGCCUCGCAGAUGGCCGUGGCACCCGGGCAGGUUGAGAAAAAUGUUGUGAAGCUGCCCGAGCCUGGCAAGCGGAAUGUGAUGGUGACGAGUGCGCUGCCCUACGUGAAUAACGUGCCGCACCUUGGGAACAUCAUCGGAUGCGUUUUGAGCGCGGACGUGUUUGCGCGGUACUGCCGGCUGCGCGGGUACAACGUGAUCUUCAUGUGCGGCACGGACGAGUACGGCACGGCCACCGAGACCAAGGCCAUGGAGGAGAAGGUCACUCCCCGGCAGAUAUGCGACAAGUACCACGCCAUCCACCGCAGCAUCUACGAGUGGUUCGGCAUCUCGUGCGACAAGUUUGGCCGAACCUCCACGCCACAGCAGACGAAGAUCUGCCAAUCGAUCUUCCGCUCGAUCCACGAGCAGGGAAGGCUCAAGGAAGACACCAUCAGCCAGCCCUACUGUGUGGUGUGCUCUCGCUUCCUCGCCGAUCGCUUUGUGGAGGGCACAUGCCCCACGCCGGGGUGUGCAUACGAGGACGCCAGGGGGGAUCAGUGCGACCGAUGUGGGAAGCUGCUCAAUGCCGCUGACCUCAUCAACCCUCGAUGCCACAUCUGCCACAGCCGCCCAGAGAUCCGCAACACAGAGCACCUGUUCCUUGACCUCCCCGAGCUGAAGGCUGAGCUGGAGACGUACGUGAGUGACACGUCAGCAGCGGGCGGGUGGAGCGCCAACUCGAUUCAGACGACCAACGCGUGGAUCAGGGAUGGGUUAAAGCCCAGAUGCAUCACCAGGGAUCUCAAGUGGGGCGUGCCUGUGCCUCUUGAUAAAUACAAGGACAAGGUGUUCUACGUGUGGUUCGAUGCGCCCAUAGGGUACAUCAGCAUCACAGCCAACUACACGGAGCAGUGGGAGCGGUGGUGGAAGAACCCCCAGGAGGUGGAGCUGGUGCAGUUUAUGGGCAAAGACAACGUGCCCUUCCACACGGUCAUCUUCCCCUGCACGUUGCUCGGUACCAAGGAGCCGUGGACGCUCAUGCGCACGAUUAGCGUCACCGAGUACCUCAACUACGAGGGGGGCAAGUUCAGCAAGAGCCGAGGCGUGGGCGUGUUUGGCAACGACGCCCAGGACACGGGGAUUCCCGUCGAGGUCUGGCGCUACUACCUGCUCACCAACCGACCAGAGGUAUCCGACACCGUUUUCACCUGGGCGGACCUGCAGGCCAAGCAGAACAACGAGCUGCUCAAGAACCUUGGGAACUUCGUCAACCGCUCCCUGGCUUUCCUUGCCAAGCCCGAAGGCGAGGGCUUUGCUUCAAUCGUGCCAGAGGCACCAGGGGCAGAGCAGGACGAGCUGACAGCCAAGUUCGGCCAAACUGUUGGAGACUUAGUUAAGGAAUACAUUGAUAACAUGGAGAAGGUCAAGCUAAAAGCGGCGCUCAAGACGGCCAUGGCGGUCAGCAGCGCGGGGAACCUGUAUCUGCAGGACUCCAAGUUCUGGAAGCUCUAUAAGGAGGAUAAGCCGCGGUGCGCCGUGGUGCUGCGGUCAGCAGUGGGGGUGGUGCACCUUCUGGCGACGCUGCUGCAGCCUUUCAUGCCAUCGUUCUCGGAUAAGGUGCUAGCCCAGCUGAAUCUGCCCGCCUCCUCUCUCACCUUGACGGACGAUGCAGCAGCGGCGGCCUUCCAGCCGUGGACUUUGGUGGCAGCGGGGCACAGCAUCGGGGCGGUGGAGCCCAUCUUCAGGGAGAUGAAGGACGACGAGGUGGAGGCAUUCAGAGAGCGGUUCGCUGGCAGCCAGGCUGACCGCACUGCCGCCGCUGCAGCCGCUGCCGCUGGUGGCGCUGGUGGGUCGAAGGCAGGAGCAGCAGCUGCUGGUGGUGGUGGAAAGGGGAAGGGGAAAGGUGGUGCUGCUGCUGCUGCUGCUGAUGGUGUUGCGAAGAAGGAAGAGAAGGAAAAAAAAGGAGAAGCGGCGGCAGAUGGUCCGGUCGAUAAGAAGGAGAAAAAGGCCAAGGGGGAGAAGGGAGAGAAGGGGGAGAAGGGAGAGAAGGGAGAGAAGGGGGAGAAGGGGAAAUCUGGGGGAGGAAAAGCAGCAGCAGCAGAGAGUGCAGCAGUGGAUGUAUCUCGGCUGGACAUGAGGGUGGGGAGGAUAGUAAAGGUGCAGAAGCACCCCGACGCCGACUCGCUCUACGUGGAGGAGAUUGACUUGGGCGAACCCGAGGGGCCGCGAACCGUUGUCAGUGGGCUCGUGAAGUUUGUGCCGAUUGAGGAGAUGCAGGAUCGGCUGGUGUGCGUGCUGUGCAACCUCAAGCCAGCGGCCAUGAGGGGCAUCAAGUCCCAUGCCAUGGUGCUGGCUGCUUCCAACGCCGACCACACUCAGGUGGAGCUCGUCAAUCCUCCCGAGGGAGCAGCACCUGGUGAUCGAAUCACGUGCCCCAGCUACCCGGGGGAGCCGGACGCGCAGCUGAACCCCAAGAAGAAGGUGUGGGAGGCGGUGCAGCCUGAUCUGCGCACCAACGGGGAUAAGGUGGCCUGCUACAAGGGCGUGCCUCUUGCUGUUGCUGGGGGCGUGUGUACGUCUGCCACCCUGCUCGAUGCGUCCAUUGGGUAAAGGCGAGGGGGGAGGAGGAGGGAGGCGAUAGGUUGCACGGGAGCGAAGGAGGUGUGGGCUUUUGAGUCGACUCAAAAGGGAGGCGUUAGGUUGCAAGGGAGAGAAGGAGGUGUGGGAGGAGCCUGACCUGCGCACCAAGGGGGAUACGGUGACUCGCUUCAAGGGCGUGCCUCUGGUUGUUGCUCGGGGUGUGUACGUCUGCUGCUCUGGCUGAUGCGUCCAUUCGGUAAGGGAGAAGCCUUUUGUAUAGGGUCUUCCCCCGGCUGUCCAAGAGUAAGAGCAGUGGCGGCGAGUGGCGGCAACGAAACUGUACCUACCCAUUGGCUGAGGCAGAAUGGCGACAGGGCCUGGGCUUUCUCCCUCCCCUCGGCGCCCUCGUUAAGUGCUGCUGCACUCAAGACACUCCUUCCUGGGCUUGUGGCAGGAACACCUGCUGAUACAAAGACAAUGUUGCUUAGGGUCGAUUUCUAAGUAUUGACGCUUACAAAGACAUGUUUUCAGACUCAUCUGCCUUCAACAAUGAAUUCAUCAUUACACGCACGCUUAGAGUGUUUCUUCCAGCCAUCUUGGACUGCAAUGCAGUGUAUAAGUGAGUGUUCUUACACCUUUUGUCAGGCUCCC